CACUUCUUCGUCCUCAGGGUUUUCAGCGCUUCCUGGAAGUUCUGAAGCUCUUGCAGUGCAGUGAGUUCAUGCACCUUCUUGCCAAGCCUCAGUCUUUGGGAUCUGGGGAGGCCGCCUGGUUUUCUUCCCUCCUCUGCUGGGGUCUGUUCCUCCCCAGGCCUCGCUGGCCCCCAGCUUCUCCUUCGGGCUCACAAAUGAAGAUGCACUUGCAAAGGGCUUUGGUGGUCCUCGCCCUGUUGAACUUUGCCACGGUCUGCCUCUCCCUGUCCACUUGUACCACCUUGGACUUCGGCCACAUCAAGAAGAAGAGGGUGGAAGCCAUCAGGGGACAAAUCUUGAGCAAGCUCAGGCUCACUAGCCCCCCUGAGCCAUCCGUGAUAACCCAUGUCCCCUACCAGGUCCUAGCCCUUUACAACAGCACGCGGGAGCUGCUGGAGGAGAUGCAGGGGCAGAGGGAGGAAGGCUGCAUGCAGGAAAACACCGAGUCGGAAUACUAUGCCAAAGAAAUCCACAAAUUCGACAUGAUCCAGGGGCUGGCAGAGCACAACGAACUGGCAGUCUGUCCCAAAGGCAUCACCUCCAAGGUUUUCCGCUUCAACGUGUCCUCAGUGGAGAAAAAUAGAACCAACCUGUUCCGGGCUGAAUUCCGAGUCCUACGGGUGCCCAACCCCACCUCCAAGCGCAACGAGCAAAGGGUCGAGCUCUUCCAGAUACUUCGGCCAGAUGAGCACAUUGCCAAACAGCGCUAUAUCGGGGGCAAGAAUCUACCCACUCGCGGGACUGCCGAGUGGCUCUCUUUUGAUGUCACUGACACUGUGCGUGAGUGGCUUCUGCGAAGAGAGUCCAACUUAGGUCUGGAAAUCAGCAUUCAUUGUCCAUGCCACACCUUUCAGCCCAAUGGGGACAUCCUGGAAAACAUCCACGAGGUGAUGGAAAUAAAAUUCAAAGGUGUGGACAACGAGGAUGACCAUGGCCGUGGAGACCUGGGGCGCCUGAAGAAGCAGAAGGAUCACCACAACCCUCAUCUAAUCCUCAUGAUGAUCCCCCCACACCGGCUGGACAACCCAGGCCAGGGAGGGCAGAGGAAAAAACGGGCCCUGGACACCAAUUACUGCUUCCGUAACCUGGAGGAGAACUGUUGCGUGCGUCCUCUGUACAUCGACUUCCGACAGGACCUGGGCUGGAAGUGGGUCCAUGAACCCAAGGGCUACUUUGCCAACUUCUGCUCAGGCCCUUGCCCGUACCUCCGCAGCACCGACACGACACACAGCACGGUGCUGGGAAUGUACAACACCCUGAAUCCUGAAGCAUCUGCGUCACCCUGCUGUGUGCCCCAGGACCUGGAGCCCCUGACCAUCCUGUACUACGUCGGGAGGACCCCCAAGGUGGAGCAGCUCUCCAACAUGGUGGUGAAGUCCUGCAAGUGCAGCUGAGAUGCCCCCUGACAGGAGAGAGGGAGAGCACUGCUGCCGCCUGACCGCCCGCUUCGGGAAACAAAAGCAACAGACCUCACCUGCAGGCC